AUGGAUCAACAUUUGGAUCGUAGUAAGAUUGACUCGUUAAGAAAAGCGCACGAAAGCAGUCAUGAAUGGCGAGUAAGGAAGAUGUUCUUGGAGCGUCAUUUAGACGAUUAUCCAAUCGCGACACUUCUUUGUCUCGCGCAGACUUUCAUCAAUAUCAAUUUCCUCGGUUGCAAGUACAGUGACACUUUGAUGGAAAAAGUACGCGAAUUGGGUGCGGGAAUUUGCGAAAAGGCAAACGGUCACCAAAAGAGUUUUGAGAAGGGCUAUACGAAAGGUUCUGCUGGUCGAAGAGCAACCGACAGUCCACCGCUGAAGAUGCAAAGAAUGAUUAAUGGGGUAUCUGAAGCAACAAAAACAAAACGAGUAAACAGAAUUGUAUUUCAGAAUUUUAUGUUGUUGAAAGCUGAAAUUCGUGCACUUGAAAAUGGACUUGAUGCGUUGCAAUCAUUAAAUCAAGCAGUGUCACGUGUCAAAAUGAUUUGGGAACUGAAGGACGCCAAUAGUGAUGGGAAUAUCGUUUUGACUGUUGAUGAUGUCGUUGUAAUUAGGUCGAGAUUUCCUGAUGGCAAAUCUCCGAUCACAAAACAGUCUAGUGCCGCAGCAACCUUAGCUGCCAUUUCAAGUGGUAAUGUUGAAAUUCGCGAUGUCUCGGGAACGUUUGAAUUAUGGCGUGGUGAGAUCGGUCCUGCGGCUUGUUAUAGCGACUUUGUAACCAAUACAUUACGUAAGGCAGCUGCAGUAUUGCCUCAACAAGGAAGUGCAUAUGCAAGGCUUGAGAAGGCUUUUCAGACCGUUAGCACUCCUCUAAAAUUUAUAGCAGAACAAGGAACCGGAUGGGAAGAACGUAUUGCGUUGAACGUAUUGAAUGUGCAAUUAGCAGACGCAGUGCUCAAAAAGAGUGAGUGCACGAAAGCAAGAGAAGCGAAAAAGAAAGACGAAUUGGCUGAGUUGGUUAUUUCAAUGAUAUCAUCUCCUAGUUUGAAACUGCUUACAACUGCUGACCAGUUCACCAUUGGUGUUUGA